UCUCCCCAUUUCACUCUUCCUGCUUGAGGUGCUGCUGCAGUUUGGAAUCUUGCAGAGCUGCUCCCAGCUGAAAAACGAAUUUUGCUUUGCAAUGGCGGAUAAGGCAGUGACUAUUCGGACCAGGAAGUUCAUGACCAACAGGCUUCUUUCCAGGAAACAAUUUAUCAUUGAUGUUUUACACCCUGGGAGGCCCAAUGUUUCCAAGGCAGAGUUGAAGGAGAAGCUUUCUAGAAUGUAUGAGGUGAAGGAUCCCAAUUCAAUCUUUGUGUUCAAGUUUAGGACUCAUUUUGGAGGUGGAAAAUCUACUGGGUUUGGUUUGAUUUACGAUUCUGUUGAGAAUGCGAAGAAGUAUGAGCCCAAGUACAGGCUGAUCAGGAAUGGACUGGAUACCAAAGUAGAGAAAUCGAGAAAACAAAUGAAAGAAAGGAAAAACAGGGCUAAGAAGAUCCGGGGAGUAAAGAAGACCAAGGCCAGUGAAGCCUCGAAGAAGAAGUGAGAGCUAAAGGAAGGAAAGGCUAAGGUAAAGCUUGUGCUUAUGAUAUUGCCAAUGCUUUGCAACAGUGUUUCCUAGGUGUCGUUUCUUUUUUGGAAACUAGAUUUUGGAUGUUGUUCUAUAUGUUUGGUUAUAUUAUUACUACUAUCUGAUUUUUUUAUUUUGAGGACUCUUUCAUUGCAGAAAUUGAAAUAUCCCUGAACUUUAAGUCAGAUUUUUAUUUAGCUA